AUGCAUUUGUCCCAGGUCUGCUUCUUGAAAGCUGAUCCGGAGUUAGAAAACAACAACAACAGCGGUAACGACUACAGCAGUAACAACUACGUUAACAACAACAACAGCAACAGCAGCAGCAGUAACAAUAACUCCAAUAUCAACAGCGGCACCAGUAGCACCUUAACGGUCUUGAACCAACAAGAAAGCUUUUUUAUGUUUGAUUUGAGAGAAAUACUAGCGAAAUCUCUUUCAGAUAAUCACACUGUAGCGUCUGAGAAAAGAAAACAAAAGGCACUCAAUGAUGUAGUCCCGGACAUACAGAAAAAAUGA